AUGUUGAGAAUUUGCAGCAGAGCUCUGGUAAAGGUGGGGAUGGUGAAGCCCUGGCAGUUGGUGAAACCUGUAUCAUCGACUCUGGUUGCUGGAAGAAACAUGAGCCAGCAGAAAGAACUGCCCAAGAUGCCUGUCCCCCCUUUGCAGCAGACCUGUGAGCUCUACCUGAGCUACGUGGAGCCCAUGGUGGAGCCGGACGAGCUGAGGCGAACAAAAGAGCUGGUGGAAGUGUUUCUGAAAGCAGGAGGUGUUGGUGAAAGACUGCAGAGAGGCCUGGAGAGGAAAGCAGACAACACUGAGAACUGGUUAUCAGAUUUUUAUGUGGACGCUGAUAAUCUCAUCAAACGUACGUCCCUCUUAAAUUGGUCUGGGGUGAUUUUUCCACGAAUGGAUUUCAGAGAUAAAAAGGGACAAUUAAGGUGUGCUGCCCAACUAAUUACGGCUGUGUUGGAAAUGAAGACAAUGAUCGACAAUGGUACACUACCAGUUGAAUAUAUAAGAGGGAAGCUGCUGUGUAUGAAGCAGUACGAGCGGAUUCUGUCAUCCUGCAUUGUCCCUGGUGUGGAGAAAGAUUCAUUGGAGUUCUACGCAGAGAAACACAUCACUGUUGUACACAACUCUCAGUUCUUUGUGCUGGACAUGUACAACAGUGAUGGGACUCCGCUGACAGUUGAUCAACUCUGUGUUCAGCUGGAGAGGAUCUGCAACGCCUCACUAGAGAACAACACGGAGCCUAUCGGCAUCCUCGCCACCGAGCAUCGUGACAUCUGGGGCAAAACCUACAUCGACCUCAUCAAGGAUAAGACCAACAAAGAGUCAGUGUUGGCUAUCCAAAGCAGCAUCUUCACAGUGUGUUUGGAUGGAGCGAUGCCCCCGGGUGAGACGUUUGACAACAAUGCCACUGACUCGAUGCUGCACGGAGGAGGCAGUCAGUGGAACAGUGGAAACCGCUGGUUUGACAAGGGGCUGCAGAUAAUUAUUGGAGAAGACGGGUUAUGUGGUACUAACACCUCGAAUGUCAAUGCUGAUGGUGUAGUCAUUGUGGAGAUGUGCGCACGUUUGCUACACCUAAUGAAAAAGCCACAGGUAAUGCAGUCUCCCUUGGAGCCGCUUCCUGAACCCCAGAGACUACAUUUCAACAUCACACCAGAACUCAAGAAGGACAUUGAGGAGGCCAAGAGGCACCUGCACAUGUGA